AACGGGUCACUGAUAUUGACUUGAUUAUGCUGGCUGAGUUGUCCCCCCCUUGCUAGAUCCCAAGAACAACACAAGUCUGAUCUCCAGCAUCCAGUCUUCAUCCAUGAGGCAGACUUCAGCUCGGCACUGGGGCUCAAAGUUCAGUUCUGCAGCAACUCAUUAUCCAGGCUGGAGAUGGGGUUCCACCUUGUAACAACUUUACUGGUGGUUUUCGUGACCAUACAGAACGUCCCCAGUGCUCAAACCGGUAAAAUUCUGGUGUUCCCAGUGGACGGAAGCCACUGGCUCAACAUGAACCUUCUGAUUCAGAGGCUCCACACCCAAGGUCAUGAAGUGACAGUGGUGCGCAGUGCCACCAGCUGGUACAUUAAGGAAGAUGCCAGUCAUUACCGCUCCAUCACAGUCACCCUGCCAGAGGCCAUGGACAUAGAGGAGCAGGACUUCUUUGUCUCCCUCCUGAUGAAGAUGUUGAACAUCCAGAGUGAAGGAGCAUCUCCUGUUGCCUUCUUCAAGUUCUACUGGGAAUUACUUAGUGCUUUGUCGAAAAUUCAUGAACAAGCAAGUCAGAUGUGUGUCCAGAUGUUUGAGAACAAGACUUUGAUGCAGAACCUCCGUGACACUGGGUUUGAUGUCGUCCUCAUGGACCCUGGGUUGCCCGUCGGAGUUCUGGUGGCUCAUGAAUUGAGGUUGCCGACUGUUUUCAACGUGAGGUGGAUUACCAGCGGGGAGGGACAUUCUGUAGUUGCUCCCUCGCCAACAUCCUACGUUCCGACCUCUGGCUAUGCAGCGUCUGACAAGAUGACGUUCAUUCAGAGGGUUCAGAACACGCUCCACUUCAUCCUUAACACUUUGAUCGACAGGUGCGUGGUUUGUCCUCACUACGACCGACUGGUGGAAAGAUACUUUGGUCCAGAGGUCAAUUUCUAUCACCUCCUGCAGGGGGCAGACUUCUGGCUUAUGAGGGUAGACUUUGUAUUUGAAUUCCCCCGACCCACAAUGCCCAACAUCGCCUACAUCGGUGGGUUUCAGUGUAAGCCCUCCCAGCCUCUUUCGCCUGAGUUGGAAGACUUUGUUCAGAGCUCUGGGGAUCAUGGGUUCGUCAUCAUGUCUUUGGGAAGUCUGGUCAAAGGACUUCCGAUGAAAAUCACCUCCGAAAUUGCAGCUGCUUUUGCUCAAAUUCCGCAAAAGGUCAUAUGGAGAUAUGUGGGUGAGCGGCCGAAGAAUCUGGGAAACAACACCCUCCUGGUUGAGUGGUUGCCACAGAAUGACCUUCUGGGUCAUCCGAAGAUAAAAGCCUUUGUUGCUCACGGAGGUGCAAAUGGGCUGUAUGAGUCAAUUUUCCACGGAGUCCCUGUCAUGGCCAUCCCUCUUUUGUUUGACCAGUUUGAGAACGUUCUAAGACUGGAAGCACGUGGGGCGGCCAGAGUUAUGCAGGCGACGGAACUCAAUACUGAAGGCUUCCUCGAGGCGCUCCAGGAUGUCAUCCAGAACCCAUCCUACGGACGUAACAUGAGACGGCUGUCUGCGCUCCAUCGGGACAAACCCGUGCACCCGCUGGACACUGCGCUCUUCUGGAUAGAGUUUGUUAUGAGGCACAAAGGAGCAUCGCAUCUGCGGACAGAGUCAUACAAGAUGUCGCGGCUCGCCUAUUACUCUGUGGACGUCAUCUGCUUCCUUUCAUCUGUGUUGUUGCUGGUAACACUCAUCGUCGGGGUGUCAAUCUGGUUUCUGUGUGGCCGAUUUUGCAGGCGAAGGAAACAUAAACAGGAGUAGCCGGAGAGAGCAUUGCUGUGUAGCAUGAGUCCAACUGUCACCCGAUUCCUCCUGUCUUGAAUGAAUCAUUGUGGCGACUGGUCCUUUUAUAUUUAGUUUUUCUUUUUUAGAUUUUAAUUUACAUUUCCUGAGAUGUGACAAUAAA